AUGAAAGAUCUUUUCAGAAUUUCAGGUGUCACUCAUUUCGAGCUUCCGCUUCUUCCCAACAACAUUCCAUUUGCUUGCCACCCGGAAUUCCAAUCAAUCAGCCUCAAAAUCGACAAGUGGUUCCUUGGCAAGAUGAGAAUCGCCGACGAGACUUCCAAGAAGAAGGUGCUGGAGUCCAGGAUUGGUUUGUACGCCUGUAUGAUGCAUCCCCAUGCUAAGAGAGAGAAGCUUGUUCUCGCCGGGAAACAUCUCUGGGCCGUCUUCCUCCUUGACGAUUUGCUGGAAUCCAGCAGCAAACACGAGAUGCCUCAGCUCAACCUCACCAUCUCCAACCUUGCCAAUGGAAAUUCCGACGAGGAUUACACAAAUCCUCUGCUGGCUCUCUAUCGAGAAGUUAUGGAAGAGAUCCGAGCUGCCAUGGAGCCACCAUUGCUGGAUCGAUACGUGCAGUGCGUGGGCGCUUCACUGGAAGCCGUGAAGGAUCAAGUUCACCGCCGAGCCGAGAAGAGUAUCCCUGGAGUGGAAGAAUACAAGCUCGCCCGCCGUGCCACUGGAUUUAUGGAAGCUGUCGGCGGAAUCAUGACCGAGUUUUGCAUCGGAAUCCGCCUCAGCCAAGCUCAGAUCCAGUCUCCAAUCUUCCGGGAGCUCCUCAACUCUGUGUCUGAUCACGUCAUUCUCGUCAAUGACCUGCUGUCCUUCCGGAAGGAGUUUUAUGGUGGCGACUAUCACCACAACUGGAUCUCGGUUCUCUUGCACCACAGUCCCCGCGGGACUAGUUUCCAGGACGUAGUUGACCGCCUGUGCGAGAUGAUCCAAGCAGAAGAGCUCUCAAUUUUGGCCUUGCGGAAGAAGAUUGCUGACGAAGAAGGAAGCGACUCAGAGCUGACUAAGUUUGCAAGAGAGUUCCCAAUGGUUGCUUCUGGGAGCCUAGUGUGGUCGUAUGUCACUGGCCGCUACCAUGGUUAUGGUAAUCCGCUGCUGACUGGGGAAAUUUUCAGUGGAACUUGGCUGCUUCAUCCCAUGGCCACCGUCGUCUUGCCAUCGAAGUUCAGAAUGGAUACCAUGAGAUUCUCUUUAGCUCCAAAAAAACGCGACUCGUUUCCCUGA